ACGAAUGAUUAUGUCGCUUUAAAUUCACUUUUCGCGAGGUGAUGUAUGCUGAUCACCUGUCAUGUGCGGCGCAUGCGCAGAGGGGGUGAUUGUGAAAGCGGGUAUGCCCUCAGAUCCUCGUAACCUCCAUCCUAGACGCUGAGCAGCCGAGCACCAAACAGCACUAGAGACUAGAGAGACAGAAAUGGGAGAAUAAAUAGGGAUGCUCGCACACUGCAGGGACACUGGAGGUAGAUGUGAGGGAUAAUUGCACCUGGUGAGAGAAACCCUCCACUGGGUCCCUCCAUCCCAGCCCUCCCUUACACCAGUCUUCAGAACCACAUUCCCCACAGCCAACAUGUUCUCCUCCAACUUUCUGAGUGGGGGGAAUCCUCUAAGUGCGAUGUCCUCUGCUGUGAACAAGUUCAGUCUUUUUGGGGAUGAGGCAAAUGAGGAAAAGCAACAACAGAAGCCUCCAGGACCUUCAAAGCAGAAGGAUCCUCAACAGCAGGGGAACGGCCAACCAGCCUCACAGGGGCCUCAGAGGCAAAGUGGACAACAGCCACAGGGUGUGGGAAGGGGAGGCCAAGGAGCUGGACGGGGUGGAUCUCAACCACAAGGAGCUGGACGGGGUGGAUCUCAACCACAAGGAGCUGGACGAGGUGCAUCUCAACCACAAGGAGUUGGACGGGGUGCAUCUCAACCACAAGGAGCUGGACGGGGAGGUCCUGUACAGCAGGGAGCUGGUAGAGGAGGUCUCCCGCAGCAGGGAGUGGGCAGGGGAGGAUUGCCACAAGGAGCAGGUGGGGGUGGAUCACCUAAGCAGGGUGUUGGGAAGGGUGGACCUCAACAACAAGGCCCAAGAGGACCUGGGUCUCACCCAGCAGGUGCAGCUGGGUCAAGGCCUCCUUCAACAGAGCCUCAGGUGAAAGAUGGAGCUGCGGUGAAAUCCCUCUGUCCAGUCUGUAAAAAUACAGAACUCAAUUUUAAGUCCAAGGAUUCGCCCAAUCAUAACACCUGCACGCAAUGUAAAUCAGUGGUCUGCAACAUGUGUGGGUUCAGUCCUCCAGAUGCAACUGCUAAGGAGUGGCUUUGCCUGAAUUGCCAGAUGCAGAGAGCUCUGGGAGGGGCAGAAAGUAGUGAACCUCCUACACUAAAAGCCCAGCCACAGUCCAAGGUCUCCGUACCAUCACAGAACCCCGCAAAGAAAGACACGCCUCAUAGUAAGCAGAUGCCUCCAUCUGCCACCCAGCCAACCAAACCAACAGAGGGUCAGAAACCGUUAAGCCAGUCUAGCACAAGUGCAGCUCAUCCAUCGCAGCAAACGUCCCAACAAAAACUUCUUCCACAGCAAACAACAAAAGGUGCUCCUCCUGCCAAAAGUGAGCCACCAUCAAAGACUGAGCCCCCUAAAAAAGAAGAAGAGUCCAGUUUUUUUGGUUUCGGUUUUGGUGGCGCUCGAUCCCGCUCUCCCUCUCCACAGCCUGGUGCCUCUUCUGUUUCUGGGAAGGUUCUAGGCUUCGGUUCUUCGUUCCUUAGCUCAGCAUCCAAUUUGAUUUCAGCUGUCCAGGAUGAGCCCUCGACAACCCCACCAACCUCUCGAAAGGGUUCUGUCAUUUCCCAAACUUCUGCCAAGACCACCACACCCCCUUCUACCAGAAAAGGUUCAGAGGCCUCUAAGGGCUCCCCCAAUCUUCAUAAAACACUGGAAGACAAAAUGCAACAGCAACAAAAUAAACCCCAAGACACUCAAAAACCAACGACAACGAAGGAAUCCUCAUCUGCUCAGGCUACUAAAAUAGAUCAAAGCCCAAAACUUCUUCCCAAAGCCUGUCCACUCUGCAAGGCAGGCCUGAGAAGAGAUCCUCCCAACUAUAGUACCUGCACUGAAUGCAAGGCCACUGUGUGCAAUCAGUGUGGAUUUAAUCCUGUGCCUCAUCAAACGGAGGCAAAAGAGUGGCUUUGCUUAAACUGCCAGACACAGAGAGCGCUGAAAGGAAUAGAGCCUCCAGGACAACCCACUGUAAAGUUCCAAACACAGCCCAGCAAAUCUCAAAUGGAUUCUACACUUGGUCCUUUAGAGAAACAGCCCACAGCUCUGCCAAUAAAGGCUAAUCAUGCCAACCAACCUGCUGCUCAGAAAAAAGAGAUGUAUGAACAACAGACUAGUGCAGCAGGAGCAAAGCAAGCUCCCUCCCCUAAGCCUUUACAGAAGCCGACAGCAACAAAUGCCCCCUCUUCUCCUGUGUCUAAAGCAGCACCAAAGGCUGAGACUGAGCAAGAACAGUCAGGAUUUUUCAGCUUAGGCUUUGGUGGAGCACGGUCACGAUCACCAUCCCCUCAGCCCCCUGUUUCCGCCAUGUCUGGUAAGGUCCUAGGAUUUGGGUCCUCCUUCCUGAGCUCAGCAUCUAAUCUUAUUUCAUCAGCGGUCCAAGAUGACCCUUCUGCGACACCACCAACUAAUCCCCAAGCAUCUUCAGUCUCUCAAACUUCAACAUCACAAGGGGUUGCAAUAUCAGUGUCUACAGGAAAGGCUAAUCAAUCAGAUAGUCAGAAAGAAGAGAAAAAGUCAGAUCCAACUGUUGACCAAAAGAACAAAGCAUCAAUAUCUAAAAAAUCUGAACCUUCUUUACAGAUGCCAAAAGCAGUCCAAGGCCCACAACCCCCACCCAAAUUCUGCCCACUCUGUAAGGUAGAAAUCAAAAAGGACCUUCUCAACUACAGCACCUGCACUGAGUGCAAAAACACUGUGUGUAAUCUUUGUGGAUUCAACCCAACACCCCAUCAAACAGAGUCAAAAGAGUGGCUUUGUCUAAACUGUCAGACGCAAAGAGCUCUCAGAGGAAUGGAGCCACCAGGACCUCCAAAGUUGGAGACCGCAGAGCAUCCCAACAAAAGCCCUGUUACUCAACCACUGGCUUCACCCUCAAUCCAAAAGAAAGGUGCUUCUGAACUGGACAAGUUAAGCAAGAAAAUUGACCCUCCUCAGAAAUUACAGGACCAACAAAGCAAGGCUCUGAAUGGUACUCUGCCAAUCCAAAAAGCCCAGCAGCAAGAAAAAGAAGCCAAAUCUGAAGUACCUGCCAAAACAGCCAAGGAAGAAUCUGGAUUUUUUGGUUUUGGUGGUGUUAGGUCAAGGUCUCCAUCUCCUCAGCCUGCUAUGUCUGCUGUUUCUGGGAAGGUUCUUGGCUUUGGCUCUUCCUUUCUCAGCUCAGCAUCUAAUUUAAUAUCUUCAGCUGUGCAAGAUGAGACAUCUACAACACCACCAACCUCCCGCAAAGCUUCAACAGUUUCCCAGAGCUCAACACCACCCACGUCUCGGAAGAGCCCUGCUGUUCCACAGACCACAAACACAGGGGACAUAAAACAACCUACUGCACAAAAACAAGACACAAAGAUAUCUGAGUCACCUCAUCUAGACAGUAGAUCUUCUGUGAAAGUAAAACCAGACCAAUCAUUGUCUGCGAAGGUUGACAAAACUCCCUUGCCUAUUCCCAAAAUCUGUCCACUUUGCAAGGCAGGUAUUACCAGUGAUCCUCCUAACUUCAGCACCUGCACUGAUUGCAAAAACAUUGUGUGUAAUCGUUGUGGAUUUAAUCCCAUGCCUCUUCAAAAGGAGGUGAAUGAAUGGCUUUGUUUGAGUUGUCAUAUGAAGAGAACACCUGAACCUUCAACUCUAAAUCCCCAGAUACAGGCUAAUACUUACUUGCAACAAAACAAAACAGCUCCACAUCAGUCUCCUCCAGUAGACAGAAGAACUGAGGACCAGUCAAAAACAGCACUUGGAAAACCUACGUCUACAACACAAAAUGCACAGAAAGAAACUCUAAAGCCUCAAGAGCCAAAAGAUGGCACUUCUUCAGCCAAAUCUGAAACUACAACAAAAUCAGAUUCCUCUAAAGAAGAUACAGGUUUCUUUGGCUUUGGUUUUGGUGGUGCUCGAUCUCGAUCACCUUCUCCUCAACCUGUUGUCUCUGAGAAGGUUCUAGGAUUUGGUUCCUCUUUCCUCAGCUCAGCAUCAAAUCUUAUAUCUUCAGUAGUUCAGGAUGAAUCCUCCACAACACCACCAACACCUCGUAAAGGUUCAACAGUUUCCCAGACCUCUGUGAAGUCUGCGACACCGCCCGCCUCUCGUAAAGGUUCAUCAGUUUCACAGACGUCUCUCAAAACCACAUCUGCUGUUGCAGCAGCAGCUACAUCUCGCAAAGGAUCUACAGCAUCCCAGGACUCAACAAAAAUGCAGGCUGGGGAAAGUAAACCACUUUCUCAAAAGCAAAUGGAAGAUAAGAAGUCCCUGCAACCUCAAGCUUUCAAAGCACCAUCUGCACCUCCAUCAAAGCCACAAACAGCUGAUAAGUCCUCUCAGCCUCAUCCUAAAGAAUGCCCACUUUGCAAAGUGGAGCUCAAGAAAGAUCCUCCUAAUUUCAAUACCUGCACUGAAUGCAAGAGCAUUGUAUGUACACUUUGUGGGUUUAAUCCCAUGCCUCAUCAAACUGAGGCAAAAGAGUGGCUUUGCUUGACCUGUCAAGUGCAGCGGGCAUCAAUACCUUCCAGUGCAGAUCAAGAUCAAGCUAAGAAAGUAGUCCCAGUGCCAAAGAAGGAGCAGCAAGAUGUUCCAGAAUCCAAGCAGAAGAAACAAAAUGCAGAGGAAGCCACUAAUACUGGUCAGAAAACAGCUGUAGUUGGGGGAAAGGAGCCCACUGAUGUUUCACUACAACAGCUCAAUCAACCUAAGAACUCACAGCAGAUGAAAUUGGACAAGCCUCAAGAAAAACAAACCAAACUACCACCAAAGGCUCAACCUCAUCAAGAGGAGUCUGGAUUUUUUGGUUUUGGCUUUGGUGGGGCCCGAUCCAGGUCUCCUUCUCCUCAGCCUGCUGUUACUGCUGUGCCUGGGAAGGUUUUAGGCUUUGGUUCAUCCUUCCUUAGCACAGCCUCUAAUCUGAUAUCAUCAGCUGUUCAAGAUGAACCUUCCACAACUCCACCAACCUCCCGCAAAGGUUCAUCAGUUUCAGAAACCACACCUCCUCCCUCUGCCCGUAAAGGCUCUGCAGUGUCUCUGUCAUCGUCCAACAGCAACGCAUCGCCUAGCUUACAAAAAGGUUCUGAGACCACACAAGGUUCUCCGAAAGCUCAACGUAGUAAAGAUACUAAACAUUCAAUCGGACAGAAACAAGAAGAGCAGACAACAUUACUUCAACAGGCUAAGGAGUCAUCAAAUAAAGUGAAAGAGGAUAAAUCAGAGACACAAAAGGAUUUAUCCAAGCCUCUUCCUAAGGUCUGCCCACUCUGCAAGGUGGAGCUCAAGAAAGAUCAAUACAAUAGCUGCACUGAAUGCAAAAAUAUUGUAUGUAACUUGUGUGGGUUCAACCCCAUACCCCAUCAAAAUGAGGUGAUGUGGCUUUGUUUGGCAUGUCAAAUGAAGAAAACACCAGAACCUCCCUCUGCGCAGCUUCAAUCACAUAUUCCCACUCCAGAUGCUUCACAGAAGAAGCCACAUCUUCCAGCAGAUACAGUUCAAAAGGAUAAGAAACCAGAAGAAGCAGGGAAACAAGACAAUAAACAAACUUCAACAGAAACUGAACAAUCCACCCAAGAAACAAAAAGAAAGCAACAGCAUAUUUCAGAAGUUCCAAAUUCAGAAUCUCAAAAAAUAGAUCCACAACAAGACAAACCUGGAUUUUUUGGGUUUGGUUUUGGUGGAGCUAGAUCUCGAUCACCUUCUCCUCAGCCUGCUGUCUCUGCUGUCUCAGGGAAGGUUCUAGGAUUUGGUUCCUCCUUCUUAAGCUCAGCAUCUAAUUUAAUCUCGACAGCUGUGCAAGAUGAAUCCUUCACAACACUGUCUAGUUCUCGCAAGGCUUCAACAGCUUCUGAAAUCUCUGAUAAGACACCACCAACCUCUCGCAAAGGUUCUGCAGUUUCUCAAAUCUCCAAUAAAGUUAAUACCACUCCACCUUCCUCUCGCAAGGGUUCUGCAGUUUCGCAGACAUCUGUUAAAAUGACUCCUCCAACGUCACGAAAGGUGUCUGAAGCUGCCGUAAACAUUGACAAUACAGUUGGGACAAAAAAUAAAGUUGCAGAGAAAGGUGAAGAAACCACUAAAGGAGCUACACCACAGCAACAAGUACAAGGAAAGACAGAAGAUGGAGCUGUGCCUGUGUCCUCUGAAAUCCCUGAAGAAUCUAGAGGGAGAUCUCAGUCUCCUUUACUUCCACCUGCAGCAUCUGCUGUCUCUGGGAAGGUUCUAGGAUUUGGUUCCUCCUUCUUUAGCUCAGCAAGUAAUCUGAUCUCAUCAGCUCUAGAUGCGCCUUCUACAACACCACCCACUUCUCGCAAAGGUUCCAUUGCUUCCCAGCUAUCUGCUAAGACUACAACACCACCUUCUUCUCGUAAAGGCUCAUCAGUUUCACCGACUUCAGACAAGAUCACCACUCCACCUUCCUCACGAAAGGGUUCUGAAGUUUCUCUGACAUCUCUCAAGACCAACACACCUCCAACUUCUCAAAAAGUAUCUGAUGCCUCUUCUAAAAUACAUCCUUCAGAUGACAAAAAAGUACACCCUGAAAAUAUAGAAGAGAAGAAAAUGGAUGAUAAGAAAUCUAUGGUCAAUCAGGCACAGUCAACAACUGUAUCAGUUACAAAAGAUACAGCUGUACCAGAAACAACAAGUACAGGGUUUACUAAAUCACUUCCCAAAGCCUGCCCUCUCUGUAAGGUCGAUUUGCAGAAGGAGCCUCCCAAUUAUGAUACCUGUACUGAGUGCAAAAACACUGUGUGUAAUCUAUGUGGCUUUAACCCCAUGCCCCACGAGACAGAGAAAAAGGAGUGGCUAUGUCUGAACUGCCAGAUGCAAAGAGCGCAAGCUGAAUCUCACAAAUUACCUCCACCGGCAUCACCACUAAAGAAAGUGACAGCAGCUCCUGUUCCUCCACAGAAGAAGCCGGUUGACUCUACAGAUGCCACUGAAAAAGAAAAGACUGAUCUAUCUGCAGGUACAACACCAGGGUCUAAGAAGGCAAGUUCAGUUCCACCAAUACAGAAGCCGCCUCAGCAGCAGGACAUCAAAAGUCCAGUACAGAAAGCACAGAAGGAUGAUACUGUAUCCACAAAAUCUACUACACUAACAAAGAAUGCAUCCACAAAAGAAGAGAGUGGCUUUUUUGGUUUUGGACGCUCUAGAUCACCAUCUCCCCAACCUGCUGCUUCCAGUGUUUCUGGAAAGGUCUUUGGGUUUGGUUCUUCCUUCUUGAGUUCAGCUUCUAAUCUAAUCUCCUCUGCUGCACAAGAUGAAUCCUCCAUAACACCCUUUGCAACUCAGGAUGUUUCAGCAGCUUCUCAAACUCCUGUGAAGACUACAUUAACACCAGCUGCUUCUCAGAAACAUGUAGCUAAAUCUGUUGAAGAGAAGCAGAAAGACAAGAAACCAGAGGAGAAAAUGACAGAAGUUCAGGGAAAAGCUGUAAUAAAAAAGGAUGACCACAAAUCAGAGCCUCCAAAAACUUGUCCACUUUGUAAGGCAGAAAUAGUAAAGAAUCCACCAAGUUACAGCAUCUGUACUAAUUGCAAGAACACUGUGUGUAAUCUCUGUGGAUUCAACCCAAUGCCACACCAAACUGAGGUGAAGGAGUGGCUGUGUUUGAACUGCCAGAUGCAGAGAACUCCAGAACAUUCAGCUGUGCAACCUGGACCACAGACUACUAAAUUACUUCCAACUGCAUCACCACAAAAACAAGACAUUCCAGGUGUUGUAGCAGAGGAUCAGAAAGUUAAUGCUUCUGGGAAACAAGAAGACAAACAGAAUCUGCCAGAUUCAAAACAACCUACAUCAGAAGCUCAAAUACAGAAAAGUGAUGUCUUGCCGCCCAAAUCUGAUCAACUAUCAAAACCUGAACCUCCUAAACAGGAUUCUGAUUUCUUCAGCUUUGGUUUUGGUGGUUCUCGUUCAAGGUCACCAUCUCCUCAGCCCACUGUGUCUGCUGUCUCUGGGAAAGUUCUAGGCUUUGGCUCGUCUUUCUUUAGCUCAGCAUCAAAUCUGAUCUCCUCUGCUGUCCAGGAUGAACCAUCUAAAACUCCACCAACAUCUCGCAAAGGGUCUACAGUUUCCCAGACUUCACAAAAGACCACACCAACACCACCUAGUUCUCGAAAAGGAUCAGUAGCUCCGCAGAACACUAAACUAAAUCCACCUGCAGUGGGAUCAAAGCCAACCUCUACACCAUCCAAAGAACAGGAAAAGCCACCAGAUACAGCAACCAAAGAACAGGAAAAGCCACCAGAUACUCAACCAUCCCAACCUCUACAAGCUCAAGUAAAAGAGGAGCCUCCAAAAACCUGCCCACUCUGCAAAGAGAGCCUCAAGAAGGACCCACAGAACUACAGCUCUUGCACUUCUUGCAAGAACAUUUUUUGCAAUCUCUGUGGAUUCAAUCCUAAUCCACAUCAAACUGAAGUAAAGGAGUGGCUGUGUUUGACCUGCCAGAUGCAGAGAACAGCAGGAUCUCAUCCAGGACAGCCACAACCACAGUCUAACAAAGUACUUCCACAAGCAUCUCAACAAAAAGAAAAGACUUCAGUCUCACCUUCUCCAGAGAAUAAAUCAAGUGUGAUAGCUCAGGCAGGCAAGAAAAAAGGUGAUACUUCUCCUUCUAAGUCUGCUUCACCACCUAAAGGUGAACAGAUUAAAGAAGAGUCGAGUUUCUUUGGCUUUGGUUUCGGUGGUGCUCGAUCUCGGUCUCCCUCUCCUCAAACUGCAGUCUCUGAUAAGGUUUUUGGUUUUGGAUCAUCCUUCCUCAGCUCAGCAUCUAACCUGAUCUCUUCGGCUGGUCAGGAUGAGUCCUCCUCCAAAACUCCACCAACGUCUCGCAAGGGAUCUACAGUUUCCCAGACUUCAAAUAAGACUACACCAACACCACCCACUUCUAGAAAAGGAUCAGUAGCUCCUCAGGAUGCUAAACAAAAACUACCUGAAGGAGAAUCAAAGCCAUCUGCUAUAUCAAUGCAAGAACGAAAGCCAGUAGAGAAAACCCCAGAUCCUGAACUGGCCAAACCUCCACAUGCUCCAGAGGAGCUUUCAAAAACAUGUCCACUUUGCAAAGAAACUCUUAAGAAGGACCCACAGAACUAUAGCUCUUGUAGUUCUUGCAAGAAAUUUGUGUGUAAUCUCUGUGGAUUCAAUCCCAAUCCACAUCAAACCGAGGUGAAGGAGUGGCUAUGUUUGAACUGCCAGGUACAGAGAACUUCAGGACCUUCCCCUGCUCAGCCUCAACCACAAUCUAACAAAAUACAACCAGCAUCUCCAAAAAAGAAAGCAACUCAAGAUCCACCUUCUCCAGAAAAACUGCAGAAUGUUCCAGCCGAGCAGGACAAGAAACCUCCAGCAGAGACUAAAAAACCUAUUAUUACUCCUGCACCAAAUGCUCAGAAGUCUAAAGAUGAUGCAUCUCCUUCCAAACCUGCUCCGUCAUCUAAAGUUGAACAGACUAAGGAAGAGUCUGGUUUCUUCGGCUUUGGUUUUGGAAGUGCUCGAUCUCGGUCGCCUUCUCCUCAGUCUGCUGUCUCUGAGAAAGUUCUGGGUUUUGGGUCUUCCUUCCUCAGUUCAGCAUCUAAUUUGAUAUCAGCCGUUCAGGAUGAGUCGUCCACCAAAACUCCACCAAGUUCUCGUAAGGGAUCCACUGUGUCCCAAAGUUCUAUUAAGACAACACCAACACCACCAGCUUCUCGAAAAGGUUCAGAAGCUUCACAAACCACACAAAAAGCUAAACUGCCCGAAGAGGCCAAACUUACCGCUGUACAGAAACAGGAUGAAAAGAAAACAGUUGAGAAUAAACCACAAGAUGAGAUGUCCAAAGAACCAGUCACUAAUGUGAAAAUUAACAAACCAGCCCCGGAGCUUCCAAAGUCCUGUCCACUAUGUAAAGUGGACUUAAAAUGGGACAUUCCGAAUUAUAACACCUGCACUGAAUGCAAGAACACUGUGUGCAAUCUUUGUGGAUUUAAUCCCACGCCACAUCAAACUGAGGUUAAGGAAUGGCUGUGUUUAAACUGCCAGGUGAAGAAAGCACAAGGAUCUCUCUCUACCCAACCACAGCCACAGAUUAGCAAAGCAUCUCCACCAACAAUACCGGAAAAAAAGGAGGCUCACAUACCUACUCCAAUUUCAGUUUCUCCACAAAAUAAGACGGAUGACAUUGGAAAGAAAAGGACAUCAAUUACUACAGAGAAUGACGAGAACAAACCCACACAAGCUACAACACAACCAACUGAAAUGCCAAAACUUGAUCCUUCUACAAAAUCUGCUGUACCACAGAAACCAGAACCUUCUAAAGAGGAAACAAGUUUCUUUAGCUUUGGUUUUGGUAGUGCUCGAUCUGGAUCCCCUCAGCCCCCUGUGACUGUUGUCCCUGGGAAGGUUCUGGGCUUUGGAUCCUCCUUUUUGAACUCUGCAUCUAAUCUAAUCUCCUCAGCCGUUCAAGAUGAGUCCUCCACAUUGCCACCAACUUCUCAAAAGUCUUUCACAUCUUCUGAAACCUCUGCAAAGACCACAACACCACCAACAUCUCACAAGGCAUCUGUGGUUUCCCAAACUUCAGUAAAGACUACACCAACACCACCCACUUCUUGGAAAGGAUCUGUAACUUCUCAAGAAGUUCCACCACUUUUUGACACAAAAGCACCUAUAACAGAGACACCAAAGCAGGUGCAACAGGCUACAGCAGUACCUGAAGCUUUGGUAGUAGCAGCUGUAGCUCCUAAAGCAGAGACCAAAGCAUGUCCUCUUUGCAAAGUGGAUCUUAAUGUAGGUUCACAGGACACUCCUAACUACAGUACCUGCACUGAGUGUAAGAACAUUGUUUGUAACCUCUGUGGAUUCAACCCAACUCCCCAUCAAACAGAGGUAAAUCAAUGGCUUUGUCUGAACUGCCAGACGCAGCGAGCAUUAAAUGGAAUGGAACCACAAGAACCUCCAAAAAUAAAUACCCAUGAACAACCUGACAAUGUCUACACCUCAGCACUGCAUCCAAGAACAGAAAUUAUAACACCAGCUCCACUAUCAUUAGUCUCAACCAAUGUGGUUUCUGAUGUUGCUGAAACCCAAAAGAAAGAGAUUCAAGCUGCGGGCAUCCCUGAUAAAACUAAGGGUUCAGUGAAUGUCCAAAAGAAAGAAUCACCAAAACUGCCAGAGAGUAAUAUAAAGGCACAACCUGCAUCCUCUCAGAAGAAAGAAACAUCAGAUCCAAAGAAAGAUAAGGAGAUUGACACACUCUUAAAAGAGGCUAACAAGUCUCCAGAAAAAUCUGCUCCACCUCCGCAGGCAGAGCCACCAAAACAGGAACAGAGUUUCUUUGGUUUUGGAUUUGGUGGUCCUAAGGUACAGCCUGCUUCCUCUAAGCCACCUGAGUCAACCACUGGGAAAAUCUUUGGCUUUGGUGGUCUGACAGAAACAGCUAGAUCUCGUUCACCCUCUCCACAGUCUGUUUCUGCUGUCUCUGGGAGAGUUCUGGGCUUUGGAUCCUCUAUAUUCAGCUCAGCGUCUAAUUUGAUCAACUCAGCUGUUCAGGAUGAGUCUUCCAUAACACCACCAACUUCUCGAAAAGGAUCCACAGUUUCCCAGGUGUCUGCUAGGACUACUCCGCCCUCGUCUCGCAAAGGAUCUGCAGUCACACCAGACUCUAGUAAAAUUCCACCUGUUGGAGACACUAAACCACAUGCAGUGCAAAAUGUUGAAAAAACAGUGGAGAAGAAACCAGAAACUAAGCAAGUCACAGAACCCAAACCACCCCAAAAACCUGCUCCUAAAGAAGUCAAGACCAACUGCCCAUUAUGCAAAGUGGAACUCAACAUUGGUUCCAAGGAUGCCAAGAAUUUUAACACAUGCACUGAAUGCAAGACAACAGUAUGCAGCCAAUGUGGAUUUAAUCCACUGCCUCAUCAAACAGAGGUUGAGGAAUGGCUCUGCCUAAGUUGCCAGGUACAACGGGCACAGGCAGGAAUGAAUGCAUCUGAAAGUCCCAUAGUGACACCCCAGCCAGUUCCCUUAGUGAUGGACAACAAAACUCCUUCCAAAGUUGACAAGGUAGCUACAGCACCAGUUGAGUCCAAACCUGAUGAGAAGUUCACCACAGCUGCAGCUGAAAAGAAAGCAGCUCCUGCUCAGGAAAUAAAGAAAGAGAUCUCAAUUCCAGGCCCUCAACCAAAGACAAGCACUGAUGCCAAGACAACUGAUAUGAUCACCCCAAGAAAAGAACCUCAAAAGCAAAAUAAUAAUCAACCAGAGCCUGCAAAAACAGAACAGCCACCCAAAGAUACAACCAUUCCUGUAAAAUCUGCUCCACCUACCAAGGUCGAACCCCCAAAACAGGAAUCAAAUUUCUUUGGUUUUGGAUUAGGUGGUCCUAAAGCACAGCCUGGUUCUAAAUCAUCUGAGUCAACCACAGGGAAGUUCUUCGGUGGCUUUGGUGGCCUGACAGAAACAGCUAGAUCUCGGUCACCCUCACCACAGUCAGUUUCUGCUGUCUCUGGGAAAGUUCUGGGCUUUGGAUCCUCUUUAUUUAGCUCAGCAUCUAAUCUGAUCUCCUCAGCUGUUCAAGAUGAGCCGUCCACAACACCACCAACUUCAAGGAAAGGCUCCACGGUUUCUAAUGAGUCUGGGAAAGCUACCACAGCACCACCUUCCCGUAAAGGCUCAGUGGCUUCUGCCAAGGCUACACCACCGACAUCUCGCAAAGGAUCUGUUGCAACGGAACCCAACAAGUUACCUUCUGCAAAACAGACCAAGCCACCUGUUGAAAAGACUCCAGAGCAGCUCAAUGAGGACAAAGUAUCCAGGAUACCUACUUCAGAAAAGGAUAAACCUGAAUCUGUAAAGGAUAAAUUAGUAAAACAUCCUGAAAGUGUACCUCACCCAUCCACCUGCCCACUCUGUAAAGUGGAUCUUAACAUGGGCUCAAAGGACCCUCCUAAUUACAACACCUGCACUGAAUGUAAAAGUGUGGUAUGUCAUCUCUGUGGAUUUAACCCCAUGCCUCACCUUGCUGAGGCUGAGUGGUUGUGUUUGAAUUGUCAAACACAGAGAGCUAUAACUGGGCAGCUGGGAGACAUGGGGAAAAUAUCAAUAUCAGACCCUGUAUCCACAAAAGACAAGCCUACAGUCACACCCAAAACACAGCUGUCCGAGACACCUGCACCUACACAGGCACCUACUCUAAAAUCCAAGCCAAAACCAUCGCCCGAAAAGCAGGCAGAGGAGAAAACCUCCUCUACUACUGUUGCAAAGUCAGCUGUGACCACUCCAGCAGUCCCGGCACCUCUCUCUGUUGUGCCUACUACAGAUAUGCUGCAGACUGAGAUGACAGCUGUGGUGGCACCAAUACCAGCUGCAGAGUCUCAGAAAGCUGUUAUUACUGAUGCUGAGGUCACUUUGAAAGAAACAGGCAAAGACAAAGUCCCAGACGAGACACAAGUUGAAAGGGGAUCAAUGUCUACGCUUCCAGCAGUGCCAAUUGAGGCAGAUGUAGUAAAGGUUAAAGAAGAUACAUAUACUCAUCCUGCAAUGAAAGGACAACAGGAAGAUGUUGUAAUACAAAUGGAUAGAAGUCUUUCAGAAAGUUCUAAAGUAGACAGCUUAAAAGCAGAUGUUAAAGAGCAACAAAGAAAGGACAUCUUGCCGGUUUCAGUAGAAUCAUACAGCUCAGCUGAGGAAGAGCUUAAGGAGAUACAGAGAAUCAGUGAAAUGGCCAUAAAAGAAACUGCUACAAAACUCUUGCCUGUUAGAGCACAGGAUAGUGUAAAACAAUACCAUGAGGACAGCAGUGAGAGUGAACCCUCCCCUCAAAUACAGCGAAGAAGAGUGAGGCCUGCUUCCUCCAGCAGUGAAGAAUACAAACUAGACAGUUCAAAUUCUGGAGAUGAUGAAGAGUUCAUAAGAAGACAACUUAUGCACAUGGGUGAAGAUGAGAACUUACCAUCUGAUGAGGAAAACCAUGUCAGAGAAGAGCAACAAAUACAGCAAGAAACCAGAGAGGCUGAAAAAUCAGAUGAUUCAAUAAAGCAUAAACGAGCCCUAAAGAAACUUACUGUAGAACCUGAGGAGAGUUCUGAUAUCAGCCUGUCUUCUCAUGACCAAGAUGAUCAAGUUGGCCAAGUCAUCCCUGUUUCAGAAGCAUUGGAAGAAUACAGAGUGGAAAUAGAUGAGUCAAAUGAUAAUGAGAAUAUCAUAGCCACUGACACCACAGUAGUUGCCAUUACACAAACUCCUGUUAGACAGACCACAGAGGAGUAUGAGAGUCUGAUCGAUGACUUGUCCAAGGGUGAUGGGUCUUCCAGUGUUCAGGUAUCCAGCAUUACGCCAGGAACAGCUUCACCUACUUCAGUGUCCUCUAUCGAUGAAGACAGUGACAGUAGCCCAAGUCAUAAAAAGGCAAGAGCAGAGAGUAAACAGCAAAGAAAGGCAAAACACAGACCACAUGGCCAGGCCCUUCCCACUAUAGAAGACUCGUCUGAGGAGGAUGAGAUACGUGAGGAGGGUGAUCAACAGAUGGAGCAGGAAAAUGAACAAGAAGAUCAGCAGCAGUUAAGAAAGGUCACAAAAAAAUUUAGGACCGAAAGAGAUGAUCUGGGCACGCAAAGGAGACGUGAUCAUUUGACUAAAACUGAUAAAUUACAACAGAUUGCAGGGAUGGGGGAACGCAAGUCCUCCUUCUCUGACAUUUCACCUAGUGUUGAAUCUGAACCAGAGAAUGCAGAAUACAAAACAUUAUCAUCUGAAACAUGUGAUGCUGCAGAGAAGCCAUUAAAGAGUGCUGAAGAGGUAUAUGAGGAAAUGAUGCAGAAAGCACAGGAAUACAAAACAUCAGAGAAACGCACACCACCUGAUAUUGAACCAUUAUAUGGAGGCAUGUUAAUAGAGGACUAUGCUUAUGAAACUUUAGUUGAGGAGCAAGAACAGACUGCAACAGCUUUUGGUAAAGUCACCCAUGAGCAAGAUUUCAGAAAGAUGUCCGAGCAUGAGUCGGUGAGGAUACUUAUGACACCAGACGAGGCUUAUGAGGAAAUGAUGCAUAAAAGGAAUAAAAUCUUGCAAAAAGAAGAGGAGGCUCAGCAUGCACAUGCAUCAAAGGUCGACACAUCCUUACCGCUUCAUGUCAGUGAGACUUGUUAUGUGACUAUCCCUGGAAAUGAUGCGCUUACUUCAAAUAAAAAUGCAAAGCCAUUGUUGCAAACAGAGGAUGCCUAUGAAGAGCUACUGAAUACACAAAAAGAUGUUUUAACACCAGGAACAAGUCCAACUCAAUCAACUCCUAUUUCUCCUGCCUCCCCUCUGACUGUGUCUGAGUCAUCAUAUGAUUCCCCCGAGGUGAUUCUCAUCCCUUCAAGUGGGGAAGAAGACAACCUAGCUGAACCUAUUGAGUGCAUUUUGGAGCCUUACAUUACAGAUUCAACAUCUACACAGGAUGUAUCUGUGAAUAAAGCAUUAUAUCCAAUUCCUGACUUAAAGAUCACUCAGUGCUCCUCUGGUGAAGAGGAAAUUGAAGAGGAGGACAGUGUCAUACAAGAAAAAAUGUCAUCUGAGCCAACUGAUAUUGCUCAAAGUGAAGAGGAACUACAAGCUCCAGAAGAGUCAUUUGAGGCUGCUCCCAUUUCUGUAAUCUGUGAAGUUCCUUCAUCGAAACAUGUUGUGGAGACAACAGCAAUGUCACCACUGUCUCCACCGACAUCCCCAGCAGUCUCAUCCCCAGAUUCAAAUAUAGAACUUACAACAGUAUCAUCAUCCUCUCCAGUUUCUGGCCAGACAUCUACUCCAGCUAGCCCCAGUGUUGCUGAUAUUUCUGCCCCAGUUGUAAUUCAAAUGCCGGACUUAAUGUCUGAGCAAGCCACAGUGCACCUUUCACUUGCAACUGCUCCUGUUGCAUCUUCCACACAGAUUAUUGGAUCCCCUUCACCGGUCAUUCCAGUCUCAUCACAUGUCUCAGAAAAUGCUGGCACUCUGACUCCUUCUAAAGUUCUUGUUGCAAAGCCAACAGUAGGUCCAAAACCAAACCUAGCUCCAAAACCAACAAUUAUACCAAAAUCUACACAGGACACAGUCCCUACUCCAGAUAGGGUUUUAUCCUAUACACUGGAUUCAGCUCAGAAACCUUUGACUGAUGCAAUACAUGAAUCAUCUUCAUUUGCUAAAUCAGCCUCUACAGACAAACAAACUGUUGCACCAAUGACUUCUCUAAAUGAAGACCAUGUGAAAACUCCUACAACAACUUUUACUACACCUAUUGUUCAAUCUCAAGAAGCGUCUUUAAUAGAAACUUCUGUUGUUGUUCAAAUGCCAGAUCUUGUGUCCCCCUCAUUAGAGCAUCCAGUUCUAGAACAAACUUUGGUUUCAGAGCCUACCUUGCCAUCCACUGCCCUCAAGAAUCAGAUUACUACAACUACCCCCAUUGUUUCCCAAAUGCCUGACCUGGUCACAUCUCCAUCACAGUCAAUCUCUGUGACUUGUCCAAUACCUUCUCAAACCUAUGCCCCACUUUCAGCUACAGUUUCAGCAGUGGAUCAAGCACCAAUCUCUGUUCCAACUAUGGUAUCACCCUUAAUACCAGCAAAUGUUUUCUCUACAGAGCAAACCAGCUCAGUUGUUGAACAAGUGGCCACACCACCAUCUGCCUGUACCACUAUACCUGCUUUAGUAAGAGGCACUCCUCCUCCGGCCAGUGUUUCUAUUCAAAUUCCUGUUCAGAGACCAGUGGAAACAAGAUCAGCCAUGGCACCCCCAUUAGACCAAGCAGUCCCUAUUUCACCUCCAACAGAUCACAGAGACUGUAUUGCUGCAAAGACAGUCUCUGUUGUUUCACCUACCAUUACUACAACUGUUGCUUUUGGAGCAUCACCCUCCCAACCAGUUCACUCUAUACUGGCUGAUAUCCAGCCAAGGAUGGCAGAAAUACUGCAGAAAGAUGAUGCAAUUUCUUUACAACAAUCAGUUUCUCAAAUCAUUUCUCCUGUUGUACAGACACAGGAAGGUCAAGCUGCUGUCAGACUGCCAAAUCUUGAAAAUGUGGUGGUUAAAACAACUAUUGAAGAUGGGAGGGGACACCCUGUUAUUGUUAGCGUUUCUCCUUUUACUUAUCCAGCCACUGUAUCAAGUUUCAUCACUGAUUCAACAGUUCCACCUUUUAUGACAUCUGAAAAACCUCAUGUGUCUCAAGAAAGAACAGAUAGACCAGUGAUUUCAUUUCCACCACCCCCCACAGCUUCACCACCAGAACUGCCAUAUAGCACAUUACCUAAAGCUGAUUUUAACCAGCAAAAGACUGUUCCAACUCCCUCAUCAGUUACAGCAACUCCACCUGAACCCCCAGCAAAUAUGGCCGGUGUGACUGUAAUACCAGCUGUAACCCCAACACACAAAUCACCACCCCCUGUCCCCCCCCAAACCUCUGUAUUCCCCCCAGGAUUGGUAUUUAGUCACAGAUCAAGAGAGAGUGUAAAGCCACCAGUUAGCCCCGAACCAGUUGUUGUUCAAGCAGUUCGUGCUGCAACAUUGCCAAGAACAAGAGAACCUCCAAAUGCAUUGUCACUAAGUUUGACUGCCCCUGUUGAGACCAAGUACAGUGCUUCAUCACCAAAAUCACCCUUGUCCCCCAGAUUUGCUAGAACUCUUGAAACAUAUGUGGUGAUAACAUUACCCUCAGAACCAGGAUCACCUGUGGAGGGCAUUACAACUCAAGCACAUAUGAGAAGAUCAUCACUGCCAACUCCCAGGCAGCCUGUUCCAUCUGAUGCUCCAAGAGUGUUUGUUCCAGCUGUAGUGGAUGCACCUGUAUCAUUAAUUUCAGCACAAAUUGUAGCAGCUCCACCAAAGGGUAUCUCAGCUUUAAAUGCAGCAGUGCCCUGUGUGGUGAAGACACCUGACUUUGCUUCAGUCACAAUGGAGACUUAUAUCACUCCAGCUGUGGAUUCAACACAAAGUAUUACAGCACCUUGUGUAACGGUUUUAGAGAUGCCACUUGCUUCUGUGCAACCAUCGGUUUCAGCACCACUUGUAGUGUCAUCAUCAGAAGUAGCACAGACUAUGAAUGUUGUUUCUCAUGUCACAAUGGAGAAUACAAUGCACUUCCCAUCUGUGAAUGUAACACCACAUGAUAGAGCACCAUUAAUGGCAUCUUCUGCUUUGAUUUCAGCAGCACCUGUUGCAGAAGCAGCAGCAGCAGCAGCACCACCACCACCACCCAUUGCUAUGGGACCACCAACAUAUCCAGCAAUGAUGUACAGCGCACCUUCCAUGGUUUCUAAUCUUCCCAUGCCUUCAGCCUCAGUGGUGAAUACAUCAAAACCAUCAGCAGAGGUACCAGUAGCCUUAACGCCAGUGUCAGGAGUUUCUGCUGCUCAGCAUACAGUGAGUGAUGUACGACAAGAACUUGAGAUGCAACAAAUGCUAACAACAUAUUCUGUACCAAUAACAAUAACCCAGAUUCCAAUCCCAGCUCAAAAUGAAGGCAUUCCUGGUUUGGAUAUGGAAGAAGUACUAAUAGUCUCAGCUUCAGAAGAGGCAUUGACUGACAUGGAUCCCUCACCAGUUCCAAUAAAACGGCUUCAAGAGCAGCAAACAGUUUAUGAACAAAAACAAGAAACUCCAGUAGUGACUUUUGCAACAUCUGUGCCACCAUUACCAGUCACAUUUACCCAAUUUACAAAAUCUAUUGAGAGUCAAGAAAUACGUGGACAAGAUAAAGUUAUAUCAAGCAUGAGCCAAGUCUAUUCUGCAAUCUCAACAACUGAGCAGCAUCCUGACACAUUGCCUAAUCUUGUAACCCAAGUUGUCACAACUGAAGUGCAAAGAACAACUGUGUCAGUUGUCCAGGAAAGGAUUCCUGUCGAACCCAUACCUGAACCUGUGAGUGCUACAAUCACAGUCCAGCCAGAAGUCCAUUUUAAGCCCAAACAGAAUGGAAAAAUACACUACCCUGGUGAUGUUAUAGAUCUUACUACUUUUAAAGUGAAUGUUUCGAUGACUGAUCAAGGGAUGGAUCUUACAGCCCCAGAUUCAAGUAGGUCUUCCUUGUCAAGUGAAUCAAGUGGACGGCAGGCCACUGCUGUACAGCCAGAAAUAGUGAAUCUUAGUGCUGAAAUAAUCCCUGCUACAACACUCUCUGUUGUAACUGAUAGCAUAACAAUUGUCACUUGCACAGCUACAAUUGCCUACAACAACAACACAGUUGACAAGCCUCUGGACCUGGGAAAUGCUACUUCAGUGCCUCUUCCACUUACCACAUACAAUCCAUUUGAGCCACUUGCACAGAUAGUGUACAGACCUGUGAAUUCUCAACCUAAGCCACCAACCAGUGCAGAGAUUCCUAUUAACCUGUCAUACAGAGCUGUUGCAAGCACAGCUUCUCCUCUAAUGCCUGUUCCUGUAAAUGCCACUGCUGGUAUGCCAAUGCAUACAGAGCCAUCAGCAGUUGGACCCGUUGAUCUUACCACUUCUAAGACAAUGAAAACCAUGGUUGCUUUGUCCCCAUCUUCUGGAGUAAUCACAACUGUUGUGGAAGAUGAUGGUACACCAGUUGAUCUUACAUCUGGAAGACAAACCGUUUGCUGUGAUGUAAUCUACAGGCUUCCUUUCACAGGAAGCUGCAGAACACAGCCACCUGUGACCACACAACCAGACAAUCAAAUUGGCUAUCAAAUUAAUAUUGCCACAACACCUGUCAUUGAAGAUCUCAGUACCAUGAAGGCUUCGAUAUCAGACAGUAAUUUCAGAGAAACUGGGUUCUUUGGGUAUGAAAGGAAGAAUGGAUUCACCUAUCAGAAUGGGGCAUCUGAGGGGGCUAUAGAUUUGACAUCAGCUAAAAUGUCAACAGAAGAAGCCUUAGACUUCUCAAAGAAAGGCACUUUGGCAUUUACCGGAAUCACCACUACUCCAUAUUCUCAAGGAACAUUGUUUGGCGUUAAUAGUUUGCUAAGAUCAACAAAUGGCAUUGUUUACUCAUCUGUUGCUGCACCUGUUCCCUCCACGUAUGCAAUUACUACCCAACCAGGUUCAAUAUUUAGCACAAUGUACAAUAGUCUGACUGAUUCUACGGAGCCAUUUUCAGCACUUCAAAAUCAGCCUGCUCCAUAUGGAUUUGUAAACACCACAGGCACAGACCAAUCAAUAUUCCCACAAUCUGAUCUAUCAAAUGAUAUCCUUCCUUCUGCAUUAGCCAGUCUCCUUCCCUCAUUGACAGCCUUCCCUGAGCUCUACUCAGAUGCUACACUUGAGGCAAUAGCAGCCUCCCUGGAUACGCUGGUAUCACCAAAUUUCCCUGAUCUAGAUGACAGCAAGAGCCAGCAGUACAAGGCUGAACAUGAGUUUUUACAAUUAGAGAAGUUGAAGCAGCUGUGUCUAGCUGAAGAGCUUGAAUGGGAGAGGCAAGAAAUACAGCGUUACCGUGAACAAGAGCAGAUCAUUGUUCAGAAGGAGCUGGAGGAGCUUCAGAACAUGAAGCAGCAACUUCUAAUGCAGAAAGAAGAGGAACGCAAAGCCCAUCUGAUUCUUCAACAAGAAACCUUUGCACAGCAGCAACUUCAAUUACAGCAAAUCCAUCGAUUACAGCAGCAACUCCAACAACAACUAGAAGAGCAAAAGAUACACCCAUAUGGGUUUAGGCCAAGUGAGGGUAUGUCCCCACCCAUGAGCUCAGACAUUAUUCUUGACUCAAAAUAUUCUGGGGGAGAUAAUGGACAGUACUGGCCAGUGAAGGAUGACAACUCAACAUCAUCUGCAGUGUCCACCCACGACUCUACAUCAGGUCAAAACUGGCUAACAACAACCUCUGGGGCUUUUUCACAGUAUAGUUCAAACAUUCCUGUAUCAGUGAGUGCACAGACAAAGGAGCAGUUGCAGUUGUCCACAAAUCUGCCAGAUACAGCCAAGACAGAGCAAAGUGUAGGGAUAAGUGGUAAGAAACUGGUUGAAAGUGGUGUUCAAACAGAUGAUGAAGAUGGUGUUGAGAAGAUUCCUUCUGGUAGAAGGAGAAGAAGUAGGAGAAGUGUAGAUAGCUGUAUGCAAACUGAUGAUGAAGAUCAGGAUGAGUGGGACGUCCCCAUUCGGAGCAGACGAAGGUCUCGUUCCAGUAGAUAUGCUGAUGGAGAGAAGGGUAAAAGCUCCAAGGUAUCAAGUAUUGCAAUUCAGACUGUAGCAGAGAUUUCAGUUCAGACAGAGCAUUCAGGGACAAUUAGAAGAUCUCCUGUUCGGGCUCAGGUGGACACCAAGGUAGAUUUACACAGAGAGGGUCAAACAGAAAGCGAUUCAGAUAUUACAUCAGAUAAAGAUAAAAGACGUCCAGUGCCUGCUGAAAUAAGUGUUAGCACACACCUGACAGCUGAUGAUGUUGGAAGCUCUUUAGUUACCAAAUCUCCAAAGGUAUUAUGCUCCCCAGUUUCACCACUGUCCCCUGGGAAAAGCUCACAGAAGAUGCUUACUGCUGAUUCAUCAAGGCAUCUCAGUAGUCCAAGAUCACUAAGGGCCUCACAACGAUCUCUGUCUGACCCCAAAUCACUCAGUCCAACAACUGAGGACAGAAUGAUGUACCAGUACUCAGACAACUAUUCAAGCAAAGGUUCUCAGAGCGGCACACCAGUUGGCACUCAGAAGAAAGUAAAACGCACACUACCUCAUCCACCACCGGAAGAAGAUACCAUCAUUGGCCUCUCUGGGUACACCACUGCUUCUGCCAGAAGACGAAUGUGCAGGAACACCACUAUGGCGCGGGCCAAAAUCCUCCAAGACAUAGACAAAGAGCUGGAUUUAGUUGAACGUGAGUCCUCAAAACUUCGUAAGAUUCAGGCAGAACUUGAUGAGGAGGAGAAAGAGAUAGAUGCUAAAUUGAGAUAUCUGGAGAUGGGUAUAAAUCGAAGAAAAGAGGCUUUACUGAAAGAGAGAGAGAAGAGGGAGAGAGCCUACUUACAAGGAGUGGCAGAAGAGCGAGACUACAUGUCAGAUAGUGAGGUCAGCAACAUCAGAGAGUCACGAGGUAAUGGUCAUGGACUAGAACGGCCACGGACUGCCCCACAGUCAGAGUUUAACCAGUUCAUUCCACCACAGACUGAGGCUGAGCCCCAGUAUGCACAGCUUACAAGCCCAUACUCCCAUUAUCAGUAUGCAUCCCAAACAAGUCAGUAUCCUCAGCAGACGUUGUACCAACAGCAGUCUCUUUACCAUCAGCAAGUGUCCCCCUACCAAUCCAUCUACUCAUCAGUGCCCUCACUCAAUCAGCAGUCCCAGCAGACUGGCUAUGACCAUUCCUCACUCCUUCUGAUGCAACAGAAACCCCGUCAGUCUACUUUGUCUGACUUAGAGCCAAAGAUUACUACAAACUAUGAGGUCGUACGCAAUCAGCCCCUCCUAAUUGUCCCUACAUCCACAGAGAGUGUCUAUGGAGUUUCCCAUCUCGGUGGUAAAUACAGUAGCCUUGAUCUGAGGAUGGGUCUGGAAGAGAGAGCCAGCAUGGCCAGCAGCCCCAUGUCCAGCAUAUCAGCCGAGUCCUUCUAUGCAGACCUCGAUCAUCAUAAUGCCAGGAACUAUGUCCUGAUUGAUGACAUUGGUGAACUCACAAAGAGCUCCACUGGCCUCAGUUCAAGCUUCAGUAUUGCCGACAAGGAUAUCAGCAAAGCUGACCGACUUCUCCGGACUGCUGAUGUUCGACGAACAGCAGAUGUGGCAGACUUUCUCGGUCCUCUUCAGGCUGCUUCCCGACUGCAUUCGUAUGGUAAAGCUGAUGAUGAUUCCAUGGAGGAGCCAUAUGAAUUGAAGAUGUUGAAACAGCAAAUUAAGCAGGAAUUCAGACGAGGUACAGAUAGCCUUGAACAGCUUGCAGGUCUGCCCCACUACCUCCACUCCGACUCUAGUUUUAGACAUUUCCCUAAAGCUGAAAAAUAUAGUAUUGGGAGACUAACUUUAGAAAAGCAAGCUGCCAAGCAACUGCCUGCCUCAGUUCUUUACCAGAAACAGUUAAAGAAUAAAAAAGCACUAAUUGACCCGAAAAUUACAAAGUUUUCGCCCAUUCAAGAGAGCAGGGACCUUGAACUAGACUACAGCAGCUUUUUGGCGUCAGCCAGCUCAUCGGUUGGUGGAUUGUCUGCCAGGGCAAGGCUCCUGCAGGAUGAGAUCACAUUUGGUCUUAGAAAGAACCUAGCGGAGCAACAGAAAUAUUUGGGUUCAGCUAUUAAUGCUAACCUGGCUCAGUCACUCAACUUUGGCCAAUCUCUCAACCUAGGGCCUACCAUAAGGUCUUCCCUCCACGAUGAUGGAACCUAUCCCAGCGGCACUCGGUCAAGACCUUCCUCUAGGCCUUCCUCUGUAUAUGGACUGGACCUAUCUAUCAAAAGAGACUUAUCAAAUUCCUCACUACGCCUGAAAACAGAGGGUGAGGGCAUGGAUUCACAGUUUGUAUCUAGGGCUAAACCAACAAGUCUGCCAAUUAGUCAGAGCAGGGGUCGAAUUCCCAUUGUUGCACAAAACUCAGAAGAGGAGAGUCCACUGAGUCCUGUUGGUCAGCCCAUGGGCAUGGCCAGAGCAUCUGCAGGCCCACUCCCACCCAUCUCAGCAGACUCAAGGGACCAGUUUGGCUCCAGUCACUCUCUUCCAGAAGUCCAACAGCACAUGAGAGAGGAGUCCAGGACAAGUGGCUAUGAACGAGACAUUGCCUUUAUAAAGGAUGACCUUCAGGGGGCCAUGUCAGAUAGUGAAGCUGGAGGUCCUAGCUGGAAUGUGAAAGCAUAUCACCUUCAGCACGAAGAGACGGACUGGUUUGACAAACCCCGCCAGGGACGCGGUGGACCAGAAGCCGGGCCAGAUAGAAGACAGAUAAAAGGCAGCUAUUACCCCUUCCCACACACUCGUAUCAAACUGCAAAGGGACCCCAAGGACCACAGCAUCUCAGGGAGAGGGCUGGGAAUCAGAGUUGUGGGCGGAAAGGAGAUUCCAGGGACCAACGGAGAGAUCGGAGCAUACAUCGCCAAGGUUUCAGCAGGAGGAUGUGCCGAGCAAAUGGGAAAAGUUGUUGAAGGAAUGCAGGUUCUGGAGUGGAAUGGAAUCUCUCUGCUGGGAAAGACAUAUGAAGAGGUGCAAAGCAUUAUGGGUCAGCAGUAUGGAGAGGCAGAAAUAUGCGUGCGCCUAGACCUAAACAUGCUCUCCAACACAGAGCACCCACAACAACUGGAGCUCCAUACUCAGUUAAGAGCUGGUGAGCGUCAGCGCUCUCCAGGUGUCGACCCAAAGCAGCUGGCUGCAGAACUACAGAAGGUGUCCCAACAGCAGGCUCCUGGCUCCGUGCUGUCUGCUCUGGAGAGAGCGGGACACUUGCACUCUGGCACCGGAUCUGCCGCUUCUAGUGGGGUCCCCAGCCCAGGGCAACCCGGGUCCCCUUCCGUCAACAAGAAGCGUCAUAGCAGCAAGUCAGCAGAGGUUCUGAAGCCACAACCACAUCCAAUCACUGGUGAAAUACAACUUCAAAUCAACUAUGACAGGAAUAUGGGCAACCUGAUUGUACACGUACUGCAAGCAAGAAACCUCGCUCCUAGAGAAAACAAUGGAUACACAGACCCUUUCGUUAAGGUCUAUCUCUUGCCAGGGAGAGGACAAGUCAUGGUUGUCCAGAACGCAAGUGCUGAGAACAAGAGAAGGACUAAAUAUAUCCAGAAGACUCAGAACCCAGAGUGGAACCAGACAGUCAUUUAUAAAAACAUCCAUCUGGAGCAGCUGAAGAAGAAAACUCUGGAGGUUACUGUGUGGGAUUAUGACAGAUAUUCCUCAAAUGAUUUCCUGGGAGAAGUGCUCAUUGAUCUUUCAAACACGACUCAGCUGGAUAACACACCUCGCUGGCACCCCCUAAAGGAGCAAAGUGAGAGUAUUCACCAUGGAAGAACCCACCCUCCACAGGGACCAAGCGGCUCUGGGGGACUUGGAGGUCAGGGCGGCCCUGGAAGUCAGGGAGGUCCUGGAGGGCCAGGAGGUUCUGGAGGUCAAGGAGGGCAACCGGGGAACCAGCAGUCCCCUAAAACCUCUGUCAUCAAGAGCCGAAGUCACGGCAUUUUCCCUGACCCCGCUAAAGACACACAGGUCCCUACAAUAGAAAAGUCUCACAGUAGUCCCGGCAGCUCCAAAUCUUCCUCUGAGGGUCACUUGCGCUCCCACGGCCCCUCACGCAGCCAGAGCAAAGGCAGCGUCACCCAAGCACACCUGGAAGAAGCCGGGAACGCCAUCGCUGCAGCCGAGGCUGCGGUGCAACAGUCCCGUCUCCAGCCAAAUAAAACAAACCACAGAAUGAUUGAUGGGGAUGGAUACACUCUGGACAGUGAAGAUGCCAUGGGCACUAAUGCUGUGGACAGCGCCAUAUUUCAGGUCCCUCAGCUGAAAAACAUUCCUAAUGGGACAGAUAAAAGCAGAGGACUUGAAUCUUUGAACCUGCCAGAUUCGGAAGGUAAGAUGAUAGGUGAGAUCAAGGUUGCAUUGAAGAAGGAGAUGAAGACUGAAGGAGAGCAGCUGGUUCUUGAGAUCCUGCAGUGCAGAAACAUCACCUACAAAUUCAAAUCUCCAGACCACCUACCUGACUUGUAUGUAAAGCUUUAUGUGGUGAAUGUGGCAACUCAAAAGAGGAUCAUAAAGAAGAAGACCAGAGUGUGUCGCCAUGACAGAGAGCCAUCAUUCAAUGAGACAUUUCGUUUUAACCUGAAUCCUGUAGGCCACUCUAUUCAGCUGUUCCUGGUGUCAAAUGGAGGGAAGUUUAUGAAGAAGACCCUGAUUGGCGAGGCCUACAUCUGGCUGGACAAAGUGGACAUGCGUAAGCGGGCAGUCAGCUGGCACAAGCUAAUGGCCACCACCAAUCAAACGCAGCCAUAAUCAGACGCACAUCCAUCUCCCAUCAGAACCCUCAAAAAAAAAAAAAAAAGAGAGAAAUAAAACAGGAAACAGUAGGUUCGUCAAACUGGAAUGGCUGACAGGAGAAAAUCAAGGUGAAGAAAUAAACUGACUACUGUGUCGAACAGUCUGUAGGGUCAGACUUCUGGUUUUCCCAACCAUUCCCAAUCAGGAUAUGUAAAUCCAUUUCCUCUCCCAGAGCACUGCUGUUGUCUUUUUGCGGGAGUCAUUUUUGCAACUACAUUCUACAUCUAAAAUAUCGUAGGCAUGGGCCAAUUAUUACUUGAGGUUUUCUACAUUUCAAUGCCAUUUCAGAUGUUAUCACAUGUUCAAGGUCAUAUAUAUUUCUCGCAAAAAAAGAAAAGAAAAAAAAAGUAAACAUUAUUCACAUGGAGAUAAACGUAGCAUAAUUUAUAGUUCUUUACACAAUCAUGUGAUAUACAAUGACCAUAUCAGUCUAUGUUAUGCACUGUAUGGAAGUUAUACUGUAAGGAAGAAAGACAAUCGUAAAUAUAAUGGAUUUCCCUUUUCGAAUGCAGCAUCCAACCGCACACAAUUUAAGAUUCCUCCGUUUAUAUUGUCUCGAGUGUCGUCUUCAACGUUUAGGGAAUGUUGUGACUGAUGUCAUUGAAGUUGAGAUGAUCUGGUUUUCACACAAUCUUCUUGAGAUGUGUCGAGAAUGGCUGUUUGUUGGAUGCUAAAUGAGGGCGUACUUUGUUUUUAGCAUCUCAAGCCCUCGAAUUAGGUUCUCUGAAGUUAAAGGGCAUCUAUUCUCUGUCCAGAAGUAUGAUUGUACGUGUCCGCAAUGUGUUUGUUUUAUGAAGAGCAUCUUGAAGUAAAUGUCAUGUCAGUGGUCAGAUGUUGUCAUCAAUAGUCUCCGUUUUGUGAUCAAGUUGUAUGUGGAAUCCAAAUAUGCAAUGACAAAAAAAUAUAUAUAUUAUUAAUAUUAAUUAACGUACACCUUUCUGGCAUUUAUAUAAGGGUUUUGGCUCAAUUGGCUCGACUAAAAUCCAAAUGUUAUGUUUGUUGUUUAUUUGAAUGGUGCAAUGUCCUACGUCCCGUGUCACUGUUCCAUAGUGGUGCACUUUUUAAUAUUGUUUUUCUGCUGUAAAGUUCAUCUGUUCAUGUCAGUUUAGCUACGAAGGAUGGUUCUUUUUCAUUAUGAUCACUGCCUCUGCACCAUAUCAGUGUACAGCUACACUAGUAUGUGCCAUCGAUGGAUAAAGGCACAUGUUUUUGUCUGUCUAGGUCCUGAAAACACCAUUAUGUAAUUUAACUUAACGGUCAGUGUUUCCAUUAUCGAUAUCAGUGGACAUAUCUCACACAUGGAAACGGAGUGUUUUGUAACCUGGCUAAUAAAACGUACACAGACGUUUCCAUAUGAUUUAAUCUGCAUCUUGCACAGCUGGUGCACAGAUGUAUCUGAAUAAAAGGUUGCUGUCAUAGUAAGAUAAACUAUUGUGUGCCAACCUGAUGUUUUAACCAAACCACUGCUUCUGUUUGGGUAAAUCUAUGCAACAUGGAUUAUGUUCUUUGAAUGCAUAUACCUUAACAUGCGACAUCCAGCGAGUGUCUGAAUAUAUGUAUAUCUGUUAAAGAAAACAAGAAAUUAAUUAUAUGAAUAUUGUAUAGUGUUUAUUUUUAUUUAUUUAUUUAUUUUUUACUUCCUCUUUAUGGCACAGUACAUAUUAAUAGUAUGCACUUUACGUUAUUGUUUUCAUAGGUUUCCAAAUGUCAUCAUAAAUAAUGACAAAAAAAAUAUGCUAAGAUACCAGAAAAUUGGGAUUGGGAAACAUAAUGGGAAACAUAAUGCAUAUUUUCAGUUGUACCCUUUAAGCAAGCACAUUCAUUUCUUUUUGACUACUAAAUAUUAUCUUCUAUUCUUAUAUUACUCCAUUCCUUUUAAAAUCAUGAUGCGUUUGAUGAAUUCAGUUGCCGUAAAUAGUGUGAAUGUAAUUUUUUUUUUUUGUAAAUAUAUAGGAUAUUUUCUACGAGAAGAGGUCUGAAUAUUUAUUUGGUCUGACGUUGAGCAUGUGAUUGUGAUCAAGGUCAAACUAUGUCUGUACAUAUACUGUAUUUGUCUAAGUGUGUAAGAAAGUAAUAUCUGGAUUGGUUUAAAAUCAUGUGUUCAAUCAACCCAUUCCAACCCAACCUGUUUGAUGAAAUCAACAACAUCUCUCAGAAUGAAAAUGAAAAGAAAAAAAAAAAGAAAAAAAAAAGGAAAAAGACGAUACAAAAUUUCCUGUCAAAUUGAAUGGUUGUCAAAGAGUUUCUAUGUUUUUACAUAGAUGUUGCAUGUUUUGUUAGAUGUUUGUUGAUAUAUUUUGCCUCCGGAUUCAGUUUAAAAA